AAACCGUCGCACUCAUUUGCCAGCCGAAGAGCUAACCUCCGAUCUUUUAAAGUUUCCAUACGCGUAACGAUUUGUCGUACGGCAAAACCAGAUUGUAUUUUUCACGGUAAAACGCGGAUUUCGGACGAAAUGUACUGGACAGUCAACGGAAACGGGCAUAUUCCCGAUGUAAUAACUGUGGAUCUGAGGACUGAUACCAUCAGUCAGCCCACGCAGGAUAUGCGGGAUGCGAUGGUGAAUGCGGUCGUUGGGGAUGAUGUGUACGGGGAGGAUCCGACUGUUGCUGAGCUGGAAAGGAGAUCAGCCGAGAUGCUGGGGAAAGAAGAUGCUCUUUUUGUAGUCAGUGGCACUAUGGCUAAUUUGAUUGCUAUUAUGGUGCAUUGUACAAGGAGAGAUUCCGAGAUAAUAGCUGGGGACAACUCUCAUACUUUCCGUUUCGAACAAGGUGGUCCAUCUCAAAUAGCUGGAGUCCAGUCCUGUCUUUUAAGGAAUAAAGAAGACGGCACUUUUGAUCUCAACGAACUCAGGGAUAAAAUAAGGGUGGAUUCAGACGUACAUGAGCCAGUUACCCAGUUGGUCAUCGUGGAAAAUACACAUAAUAUGUGUGGUGGAAAGGUUCUCCCUCUGGAGUGGUUAGCGGAAGUACAGAAGAUAUCCAGAGAAAAUGGUGUCAAAGUUCACAUGGACGGUGCCAGGGUGAUGAACGCAGCUGUCUAUCAGAAAGUUCCAGUUUCUGAGAUUGCUAAAUACGUCGACACCAUAUGCUUCUGCCUCAGCAAAGGUCUAGGGGCACCUGUCGGUUCCAUAUUGGCUGGAUCUAAGAAUUUCAUUGCAAAAGCCAACAGAGUGAGGAAGGUACUUGGAGGAGGUUGGAGACAAGCUGGAUUUCUGGCUGCUGCUGGUCUUGUUGCUAUAGAUAAGAUGAUCAGUAGGCUGGAAGAAGACCACAAGCACGCUGCCAAAAUAGCAAGAGCUAUCAAUGCCACAGGAUCAAAAAUCUGCAGAGUGAACGCCGCAACGGUACAGACUAACAUACUGAUGGUAAUGGUGGAUCGGUCGAAAACUUCCGCCAAGGAAAUUGUGGAACGGUUGGCGACAGUUCAACCAGAUGACCCUGUGCGAGUGAGUGUGAAGACCAGUUGCAGAGAUCCUGGAUUUUUCAGAAUCGUCCUGUAUUGGGAAAUAACUGAAGAAUAUGUUAGAGCAGCUAUUGACAAGAUAACAAUGGUGAUCAAAGAAUUCGACGAUAAAUUUAUGAAAAGAAGUGAUAGAAUGGAUGUGAUAGAAUGUUAACGUUCGAUGAGAUUAGAUGUAGUGAAUUGGAGAAGUCUUUGAGAUUGGGCAUUCAAGCUGCUACACAGAAAAGCAUUAAUAGCACAUAAAUCAAAUUAAUUAAUGCCACAGCAUAACAGUUCAUACUGUGUCUGAUUGAAGUAUGUGUAGUGAGUCUCUUGAAAUUGAAAAAAAUUGUACGAAUUCGAUACAAAACGCUAGAACCAUAAAUUUAAGCAAUUAGUAAAUGUUUAUUGUGAGGUUUUUAAGAUGAAAUUUAUUUAUGUUGGAAUCUUUGAACGUAUUGAGAUAUGAAAACCAUUAAUUGGAUUUUGUAAUAAUGUAAUGUGGAAGUAUUAUGUUCAUAUCGUUGAUGUAAGAAUAAACAUGCAUAAUAUUAGCUUUGUAGGAAACUUAGGUAGUUUAGAGGAAAUGGAGGAAGAAAAUAUUGCUUUUAUAGAAAAAAUAAAGAUAUUUUAAAACAUU